AUGCGCGUGCGCGAAAAAAUGGUCCAAUGGGUGUCGAUCCGCGCCUUGGGCGAUGAGAGGUUUGUGGCCGAGCUCUUUAGGAAAGACCCAAAGUUUGCAGAGUCCUUUGUCAAAGAGGAGGAUGACUGUCCUGCUGCCCUUUACAGCUGGUUCUCCUCUGUUCCACGCCAUGGGUUGAGCUCCGCCGCGUCGUCGCCGUCGCGCCUUCAACUUGGCGCCGUUGGCGGUCCGUUGCUGCAAGCAGCGAUGCAGGUGAAACGCAUCGCCAAUAAGAUCACCAAGCUACUCGGCAAUGGCUCAAUGUCCUAUUUGAUGGAUCCUUAUGCCAUGAUGAUGCACUACAAGCGCGCCUUCAAACUGCUCAGUGUCAUGAAGCAACACUCCGCCAAGGUCCUGAUCUUAGGCAACAAGAACCAGUUCGGCAUCAGUUGGAAGGGUCGUUUCGAAGGUGUCGAGUUUGACACCGGCGUUGUAGAUGAGAAACUGAUCUCGAGCGCGCCCAAGCACUAUGCGAUGAUUUUAUGCCUCGAUCCGGUGCUCUACUGCCGUUCCCUGCGCAAGAUCAACCUGCCGGUGAUGAUGUGCGCCACCUUGAGGGAGAUCACCGAGCACCCGGAGAUCUUGGAUGUCACUGACUACUUGUUGCCAUCUCCCACCCGUCGGCAUGAUGCCGCACUACGGGCAAUGGUGGGUCUGGAUAUCUUAGGUGCUGAACGAGGUGAAGCCCCACAACGAACUGACGCGGCAGCGCCUUCUUCCGCCGGGCUGAUCGAACAAGGUGUCUUCGGAGUUCAAGGAUCAGUUGUCCAGUCUUAUGGUGUCUCGGAUCCAUUUGAGGAUGUUGUCGACUUGACCGAGCCUCACUUCAUCCGAUGCAUUAAGCCGAACCCGCAGAAUGUGCCGGACCUCUUUGAUCGGAAGGGAGUGACUGAGCAAUUACGCUAUGGUGGUGUGCUGCAAGUGGUCCAAGUCAGCUUGGAACUCGAGUGGUACUUUCAACCUCUAGUGGAUCAUCAUUCCAGCCCAGGUCGCGCCGGAUAUCCGGUGCGUAUCAACCACCAGGAGUGUUGGGAUGACUACAAAGUCAUCGGAGCCCCUAAGGUGGUCUCGGAAUUGCGGCAUAUCCAGGCGCAGAAGCUGCUGGAUCAUCUGGACAGCGAGCUGAACCUUCCGAAACCGAAGCACCGUGGACAUCAAAUGUGGCAUGGGCAAUCUUGGGCGGUGGGCAAGACACUGGUGUUCUUUAAACUGCCAGCCUAUGCUCGGGUCCCCGAAAUGCAAUGCGUGCACUGCGUGCACGGAAGGAGCGCAUCAAGUUCGCUCGUCUCAGACAUCGCUGGUAGCGAGCUGCAGAGCGUUUUGGAGGCGAACGAGGAGUUUCACAAGCUCUGGUUUCCUAACCAGGAGCAGCCAAAUAGUCUCCAGGGCUUUUGGUUCGGCGCCAAGCGCCCGCGCGAGCGAAAGCUCUUCCGUUUCCUCCAUCAGCGCCUGGACGCGGCGCUGCGCCGUGCCGCCAAGUGCAUCCAAGGGGUGGAGCUGACGUUGCCUCAGCAGUUUCAACUGAGCAUUUUUCUGGAUCAGCAAUCGAGAAAUGCACGCGCCGUGGUGGCGGAAGAUGACAAGCAGGAGGUGGAAGACUUGAUCGAGAGCUGUUCGAAGAUCGCUCGGCAGCUGGCGGAAGAGGUCUUGUCGCAUCUCCCCUCCGCCAGCGAGAUCUUGCGCGUCAUCGGCGCCAGCGCGGCGCAGCUCUGCUUUUUUACGCUGACGUUGCGACACACCCGGCAGUUGGCUGAUGUGAAAACUGCUCAACGACUGCUACAGGAAGUUCAAGUUGUGUGUGCGCCUGAUGCCUCUGAAGUGGUCGAAGCGUUUCUGAAGCACAACUCAGAGACCCUUUGGCGCCUGGAAUCCUACGCCUAUGCCCUGGAUGCCAAGGAGACACACCAGCCCUCGCCUUGCCCCUGGAACCCCAGGGGUUCGGGCGAUGGCGCACCACUGGACAGGCAGUGCUUGGCGCCCAGAUCCGGAGACCUGACGUGGCUACAGGGCGACUGCUGGCGUGAGAUUUAUCAGAAGCCCAUGUGUUCAGAGAUGCAAUCCAGUCUUGAAGAGCAUGGCUUGUUCACCCCAUCUGCGCACGUUCUUCUCUCGUAUUCGGGUGGCGUGGAUAGCACGGCGCAUCUUCUUCUACUCUUGGCCUUGCGCCACUGUUGUCCCGAGGCCCCGAGGAUUUCAUGCUUGCUCUUGUCGUAUCCCAACCGAGAAGUCGGAGAAGUGAAGGCUGAAAAGGACUGGGCCUCCUGGCUCUGCCAUCACUUGGCCGUCGACCUCUUCAUCUACGACGUGAAGUUGGCGCGUCCUCACGAGGGAGACGGGGCAAGUGGCAGCGGCCUGACGCGGGAAGAGUACGAACGCUUCACCAAGGCCAUUCGCUACAGGAUGUAUCGCUGUUUACUGGCAGAACAUCCAGGAAAAACCGCAGUGAUUUUGGGUCAUCAUCAGGACGACGUGGAUGAAAAUCGCUUGGAUCACCUCAUGAAGGGCCACUGCUUGGGCGACGUGGAGGGCAUGUGGCGCUGGCGCGAGAUCCACCAGGUGCAGCUGCUGCGGCCGCUGCUGCCGCGCCGCAAGGCCCACUUCGUGCAGCUGCUGGAGGAGUUCCCUACGCCGCACUUCAGGGAUAGCACGCCAGGUUGGUCAGUGCGCGGUUCCACUCGUGGGGCCCUGGAUUCCAUCGAUGGAACUGUGCGCUCGCGGCUGAUUGCGAACUUGCAGAGGUUUGGACGUUUAAGCGCGGAGGUAGGGAAGGAGUUGGAUACUGCCAUCGAGCUCUGGAGUGAGAGGUCGGUGCAUUCUUUGCAGUUGCCCAAGGGUGCCCAGUUCCUGGCGCUGAACCUCUCCGAGCUGCUGCGGCUCCGUGGAGCCGCGGCCGGAACGCGGAUGGCGGAGGUGGCUCAGGUGAUCCAGGAGAUACGCAACGUUUGGAACCCGCUGGUGGUGGAAGGUGGCUUUAAGGCCAUCAACUGCAUUCCAGAAAGCGACAUCGCCGACAUCCCGUGGUUGCUAUUUGAGAAGGGCUUCUUUGCAGCAGCCGAGAGUUUACUGUCGAAGCGUGCGGGGCACUAUCACACCUCCGAGGGCAUUUCGGUGAACCGCCGGGCAGUACGACACCUCUGGGAGAACAUCCAGGCCUGUGGAAGGCCGCAGUUCGCUGGUGGGCUAACGCAGGAGUUAGGCUAUUUGCACCUCACCGAGCCCUGCCAAGUGUUGGUCCUCUACGACGCCGCGGCGCAGCCCACGGUGGACUUCAAGACGCUGCGUCAGAGCAUGGCCGCAGCCGUGCGGCAGGCGUUGGAAAAGAACGGAAACAACGCCGCGGCGAAGGGUUGGAGAUGGGGUGUUGGGGGGAAAUACCAUCUGGUAAACUAA